AUGAAGGGCUCCCGGGCCGCCAGCGCUCCCUCCGGCCCCCCCGAGGGCAGCCCAGAAGGUGUGAACCUGAGCCUGACGGGCCUCCCUCCGCCUGUGUCCUGGCGCCCCAACAGCGCCUCCGCCGCCAAGCCUAUCGCCCGCUCCUUCUCCGCGGUCUCGGGCAGUGAGCCAAGGAGGAAGGCACUGGAGGCCACAGGGCCCGGAGGUUCCCGAACCAUCAACAACCUUCGCAGAUCUAACAGCACCACGCAGGUCCACCAGCCACCAGCCGGCCAGGCGUGGACCGGCCCCCUCAGGCCAGCCGAGGACCCCCACUUCCUGACACUCUUUGAGGGCAGCCCUGGUGGGAAAAAGAGGCUGACCGGUCUAAGCAAGGCCCCCAGCGAGAGGGGAGCCACGUGGAAUGUCCUGGAUGACCACCCCAGGGCCUUCGACUCGCCACCCGACUCCGGGAGUCCUGGCACCCUCAGCGCGCCGGUGGGCCCACGGAGGAGAGAGUGCACCGUCCCCCUGGCCCCCAACUUCACUGCCAACAACAGGAGCAACAAGGCUGCUGUGGGCAACCGCGUCACCACCAUGCUGCACAACCGCUACAGCCCCUCGGAGAAGGCGCCGCCGCCCAAGAGCUCCAACCACACGGCUCCCUCCCUCAACAAUAUCCUCAAGGCGGCCACCGGUGAGGGGGAGAGCGGCGGUUCCGGGAAGCCACACAAGAACUUUUCCAGCAGCAACCACGUGGCCCAGAACAACGCCGGGGCCACCCCGGGUCUGCUCAGACGGAAGGAGGUGACAGAGGAGGAGGCUGAGAGGUUUAUCCACCAGGUGAACCGGGCUGCCGUCACCAUCCAGCGCUGGUACCGCCAGCAGGUGCAGAGGCGCCAGGCCAGAGCCGCCCGUCGGGAGCACCUGCUCGCGUCGAAGCGAGAGGAACAGCGGCAGCAGCUGGGAGACAGGAACGUGCCGGACCUGCAGCAACAGAAGGAGGCGGCCAGGAGGAAGGUCCGGGAGGAGAAGGCGCGCCAGGCCAGGCGAUUGGCCGUUCAGGAGCUCCAGCAGCAGAAGCGAGCCCAGAAGUCAGGCGAUCCUGAGCCUGGGCUGCAGAAGGAAGCGCGAGAGACCGAGAAGCCCCAGCCCGCUCAAGAGUCCGCCCUGAGGCCGGGCAGCACCGCUCGGGCCCACCGGACCCACAAGGCCAAUAACACCAGCGCGGGAGCUGGCUUCCGUUCCGCAGGCACAGAGGACCCCUGCCAGCCGGCCUCCAACUCCUACCCAGAGCCCCGGCAGUUUCCAGAGAACAAGCCUCAGGAUGCCGGCUCCCAGGACGUGGCCAGUGAGGAUCUGGCGGUGGUGGGCCCCGCCAAGGGCAAGGCCCAGUCCAGGGCGACCCUGGAUGAGCUGCUGGCUACGCUAAGGCUGCUGGAGGAGGAGCCCGAGCCGCUGCCCAACCCCAGGGCCUAUCACAAGGACAAAUACUCCUGGACCGACGAGGAGGACGAUGCCAGCUCCCUGACGGCAGACAACCUGGAGAGGUUUGGGAGGCUGGGCACGUGUGCCAGUCCCCCCGAAGACGGGGCUCUGCUCUCAGAGGCCAAGCUGCAGAGUAUCAUGAGCUUUCUGCACGAGAUGGAGAAGUCGGGCCAGGACCGGCCGGCCUCAGCCCCUCAGGGGCUGGUGCCGGACGAGGGGCACCUGGAGCCCACGUCCACGGUGAGCUCGUCUGUGAUGCGGCUGAAGCUGGAGGUGGAAGAGAAGAAGCAGGCAGUGGGGCUGCUGCAGAAAGCGCUGGUGCAGCAGCGGGACCUCACCGUCAGGCGGGUCAAGGAGACUGAGAAGGAGCUGGGCCGGCAGCUGCGGCAGCAGAGGGACCACUACGAGGCCACCAUCCAGCGGCAUCUGUCCUUCAUUGACCAGCUGAUUGAAGACAAGAAGGCCCUGGCAGAGAGGUGCGAGGCUGUGGUGGCGGAGCUGAAGCAGGGGGACCAGAGGCGCAGGGACAGGGAGGCCCAGGUGCAGGAACAGCAUGAGCUGAGCGGGACGCAGCACGGAGACUCACAGGCCCACUCUGGCCCGACCCCUGCCCGGGGCGGGGGCAUCUGCUCGGGGCCGUCCACGUCCCCUCCUCAUGGGGCCGUCUCGUCCUGUGAGAUGCUGGAUGGGAAGAAGUGGCCGUCUGGCGUGUGUGACUGGGGCGCCCUGUCUGGGGCUUGA